ACGGGCACAAACAGUGUGGCGACUGUUUACUGUCAACACAUUGGAAGCUACAAAAAUGAAUAUCUCCAUAUUUGGUAAAGAAAAAAUCAUCUUUUUGGACCAGUCAAGGUUAGGCAUGCAUAUAUGGGGCAGUCAAACCAAAUUUCUGCAAUGCUGAUGAUGGCGGCGCGGCGCGGUCAAAGACAGAACCCACCAUUAUUGGGUUGACUCGUACUUUGCACUAAACUAAAUCACUUCAGCUGUGCAUAUCUUACGAUUCAUCCCCGGCAAUUGUUGUCCAACUCCAUCAUGAAGAACACCCGAAUUGUAUUUUGGGCACUAUGUUUAUUCUUCUGUUCAGCAGAGGCUGGUGAAGGGAAAGAUUGCGUUUCAUCAAGUGUUAAGGCAGCGUAUUGGCCGUCUAUCAAGAUCUCACUCAUGCCGCCCGCCUCCAUCAACGCACCUCUCUACUCACACAUCCUCUACGGCUUUGCACAAAUGAACAACCACACAUUCAAGCUGGAAGGAGAGAAAAUGAUGGCCGAUUUCACCGCAACAGUGCAGAAGAAAAACCCGUGCGUGAAGACGCUCAUCUCCAUCAACGGCGGGGGCUCCAACGCCCUUGCCUUGGCUCUCAUGACCACCAAUCCGAUCCACCGUGCGGUCUUCAUAAAAUCAGCCAUCGCCCUCGCCAGACGCCACGCCUUCCACGGCCUCGACCUCGAUUGGGAAUUUCCCACCAACACUACGGAAAUGGAGAAUUUGGGCAAUUUGUUCUCAGAAUGGAGACACGCCAUAAAUUUAGAGAGCAGAUCGUCGGGCCGCCCUCCGCUUCUCCUGACCGCAGCCGUGUACUAUGCGCACACCUUCGUCAUAUACGGUGAACACAGAAGCUACCCGACGGCCUCCAUUGCCAAAAACCUGGACUGGGUGAAUGUGAUGUGCUAUGACUAUAAGGGCUCGUGGGACACAUCUGCCACGGGAGCCCACGCAGUGCUUUAUGAUCAUAGCUCCAACAUUUCGAGCAGCUAUGGAAUUACAUCUUGGAUUGAGUCUGGAUUACCACCGGAGAAACUUGUUAUGGGUAUGCCGCUUUACGGGAAAUCUUGGGUGCUCAAGUCGCAAAACCAGACGGGCAUAGGAGCUCCUGCUGUGGCGGCUGGUCCCAAGCAAAGUACCAGCGACGAAAGUGGUAUUAUGUUUUACUCUGAGAUCACAGAUUUCGUACGGGAGAAGCAUGCGACUGAGGUGUUCGAUACGGAAAGCGUGUCAGCUUACAGCUACGCGGGAGAGUUAUGGGUGGGUUAUGAUAACCCGGACUGUGUGGCUGCCAAGGUUAAAUUCGCCAAGAAAAGGGGCCUUUUGGGAUACUUCUUUUGGGCCAUUAGCCAGGACAGCAACUGGACAUUGUCCACCACAGCAUUAGAGUCGUGGGACAAAUAUCUUUGAUUUGUCAUGGUUGAAGCUAUUCUGGUUCCAAAACAGACCUUUCGUAUAGUGUGUUAGCGACAGGUUAGUCAAUCACAGUCGUUUAUUGCAAAAUCGACGGUGUAAAAUGUGCAACUAACACGAGUGUUAGUCAAUCCGUACUGCCGUUUUGGAGCCAAAAUAGAUGCGCCCAUUUGCCAUGGGUCUGGGUGGGUACUGAAGAAAGAUGGACAAAGUAAUGCUCGUUCACUCUCUUAAUUUUUUUUGUUAUGAAUUAAUAGUUUUUACGGGAAAUAAAUGCACGUAAUUUGUACUUAUAAGAUUGGGACAUAAUAUCUACCAGUUUUAUAGCGUUGGGUUUUCUCUUAAGAUGGGAAAGUCAAUUGUUCAUCUUCUCUUUAGUAUUAAGGAUAAUGUGAUGGCUCAACAACACCUUGAGUUUGUAAACAAUGUGUUUAUUCGCAUUUAUUAUUCUUGCAUACUACUGGCUCCAUUAUAUUUAGCUGACUCAA